AUGGCGUUCACUUAUCUCACUUUCGCCACGGCGGCCUUUGCAAUUCUUUCCGUCCUGCUAAUCGCAGCACGCAUCCAGGACUAUGUCUCACUGAAGCAUAUACCCGGCCCAUCAGCGGCGCGUUGGACUGACUUGUGGAUGAUCCGAGCGCAGCUCAGCGGACGGAUGCAGCUGAUACUCAGAGAACAAGACCUGCGAUACGGCGGAAAACUAUUAAGAAUCGCUCCGAAAUGGGUUGUAUGUAAUGACCCCGCAGAGAUUCGUAAGAUAUGGGGUGUCCGCACGCAAUGGCAGCGACCCGACUGGUACCGUGGCCUGAGAGUCGACCCGUACCGGGACAACUCUUUCAGCACCAUUGACGAUCAGAGACACGAGACGCUGAGGUCCAAGAUUGCACCGGGAUACGCAGGCAAGGAUGUUGAUAAACUGCAGGAGCUUGUUGACGAGCAGGUAGCGGAGCUGAUCAAUCUUCUCGAGUCGAGGUACUUGUCUUCGAAGGAAGAGUUCAAGCCAGUCGACUUUGCCAGCAAGGUCCCUUUCUUCACCCUCGACGUCAUCUCUUCGCUCGCAUUUGGGAAGCCGUUUGGCCAUCUUAAAGCGGAUGCGGACAUAUUCCGCUGGUUGGAGAUGGUGGAGAAGACGGUACCUUUCAUGCUGACCGUGGCCCUGAUGCCCUGGGUGCUUGACAUAUUGCAGUCAAAGCGGAUGCGGUCAUUUUUGCCUGACGCGAGGAACAUCCAAGGUAUCGGGACCGUCAUGCACAUAGGUCACAGCGUGGUUGCAGAAAGAUACCAGGCCCAUGCGCCAGUCCAAAGAGAUAUGAUCGGAUCUUUCAUCGCUCAUGGACUCAGUCAGGAAGACUGUGAAGGCGAAUCUCUCGUCCAGAUCCUCGCCGGAUCUGAUACCUCAGCCACCGCUAUCCGCAGCACAAUAUUAUUCCUCAUGACCAACCCGUUGGCUUAUCACCGCUUCCAAGAGGAGAUCGACGAAGCAGUUGCCAAUGGUAAGAUUUCGUCGCCCAUCACCAAUGCUGAAGCCCAAAACUUCGCCUAUCUUCAAGCGGUGAUCCGUGAGGGACUCCGUCUAUGGCCACCGGCAAGCGGACUACUACCCAAGAUGUCUAAGAAGGAUGAAGUGGUGUGCGGCGUGUCCAUCCCGGCUGGGACACACGUGGCGUGGAAUCCGUGGUCAGUCAUGCGAGACCGCGAGGUUUUCGGUCAAGACGCAGAACUGUUCCGCCCAGAGAGAUGGUUGGAUGCCCCCGAAGAGCAGGGGCGGCUGAUGGACUUGACCAUCAUGAUGGCGUUCAAAGGCGGAAGUAAAUGGGAAUGCCUGGGGAAGAACAUAGCUUUCCUGGAAUUGAACAAGAUCUACGUCGAACUGUUGCGGCGAUUCGAUUUCACUCUGAUUGACCCGACAAACCCGUGGAAGGUGUGGAAUGCGGCUGUUAGCAUCCAGACGGAUAUGUUCGUCAAGAUUACCCGGCGUGCAGCUCGGUCCUAG